GGUUGGUGUUCAUAUUUGAACCGAUGGUUUUUCUGGUGGGAUGAGCUUCAGAUGACGAGUCUGAAGUGUCGUGGCGAGGCUUCCUUGUCGCGGCUUCCGUGACGAUGUCUAAAAUUUAUACCAUUCAUGCUUUUCUGAUCCUGUCCUCUGCACAAUAUCCCAAGUUGAUCAGAUUUGCUGACAUCGCCUACUUUAUUCGCAGGCAUGGCCCCUAAACCGAAUAAUGACUGGUCGGACUCAGAUGAUGAAGCGGGCUCGGACAUCGAGACCGCCGUGCAGCUGGGCAUCCCGGACGGUCCCGUGGAGAGUGCUUCCGAUCUAUGUGACGCGACAGUAUCGCGGAUAGGCGGGCAUCCUGCGUUUCUCACAUCGCCGGAGCCGGUUCUUGAAAAUGCGACAUGCAGAAACUGCAGGCAGCCCAUGCAAUUGCUUGUCCAAAUGUGGUGCCCACUCGAGGACAGCCCGAACGACCGCGUGAUGUACAUUUGGGGGUGCGCGCGCGGCACAUGCCAGAAGAAGGAGGGAAGCGUACGCGCAUGGAGAGCAUUGCGAUACAAUAAGAAGUACGCAAAUAAGCUAGCGAAACAUAAGGCUAAAGAAGAGGAUGCAGCUCGGGCUGCCGCCGCUGAGGCAGCUAAGAGGAGUGCUCCCAAAGCCAACCCAUUUUCGAUGAAUAUAGCCUCAUCACCUCCACUUGGCCUCGGCGCACGAAUUUUCGGCAACGCAUCCGCAUUGCCAACGUCUGUCGACACACCAGCGGAGAGCGGCGGCGAAGUUUCCUUUUAUGGCAAAGAAGACAGUGAUGAGGAAGAUAACGCCGAAGACGCCAACGAGGACGAAGAACUAGUGGCACGCAUGCAAAGCGCACAUCUGGAUCACUCCGAAUGGGCGUCUGCAUCCGCAUACUCGCCAUUGUAUCUAUCGACGGAGUCAGAAUAUGUGCUCCCGGAACGUAAAGUGAAGGUUCCUGCUGGUGCCGACGACAUCGAUGAGGACCCAGGCAAGAAGGGCAAAGAUGCCGGAUGGGCGCUGGAAGGCUAUGGGAAUUCCAUUAACAUCGACCACGCCUUUGAGCGCUUCACGAAACGCGUCGGGUAUGAGGGCGAGCAAUGCUUACGUUACGAGUUGGGCGGGACUCCUCUUCCGUUCGCAAGCGACAGCGUAUUUAACAAGCUGUUUCCUUUGCCGCCUUCCCCUGCCAUUUUCGUGACGAAGGCUGAGUUCAUGGUCACGCCGACGGCAAAGCGGACAUAUACGCCUGCUGCAAUCCCACCAUGCCCGCACUGUAAAGGGCGGCGAGUGUUCGAGUGCCAGCUAAUGCCCAACCUAAUCAACGUCUUGAAGACAUCAACGGCGGAAAAGGACAAAGGCAAGAAGAUAAGCGACGAGGAACGGAGGCAGGAGGUGAUGCGCGUGCUGAAAGGCGGGCGAACGGCGGACAGGGUGGGGAUGGAAUGGGGCACAUGCAUGAUCUUUUCAUGCGAGCGGGAUUGCUCCGACGAGGCCGCUGGAGCAUGUUGGCGGGAGGAGGUGGUGCUUGUGCAGUGGGAGGAUUGA